AUGAAUUUUACAUUGUUUGCUGCUUCUUUCCAAAUAUCAGGGCUGCCAGCAGAGACAUCAAUUGAGAGGUAUGUAACAAUUGGUGCAUAUAGUCUCUUGCGGUCUUGUGUAAUUGAGCCAGAGUGCAUCAUUGGACAGCAUUCCGUCCUCAUGAAAGGCUCAUUGGUGGAGACCCACUCAAUCCUUGAAGCUGGAUCUGUGGUUCCACCAGGGAGGAGAAUCCCAACCGGUGAGCUUUGGGCUGGGAAUCCUGCAAGGUUUGUUAGGACUCUGACCCAUGAGGAGACAUUAGAGAUCCCUAAACUUGCUGCUGCAAUUAAUGAUCUCAGUAAGAGUCAUUUCUCAGAGUUCCUACCAUAUUCAACGGUAUAUUUGGAGGUUGAGAAGAUGAAGAAGUUUUUGGGGAUUUCCAUUUGAAGAUUUUUAUUGUUUGUCUAGUCAUGUAUUAUUUAGUGGGCGAUUCCUUUUGAAGGAAAUAAGCAAACUUCACGGCUUAAAUGCAAGUGUUUUGAGUUCCCUGUUCUGCAUUGUAAUGCCCAGCACCGGAACUGGCUACCACUUCAAUUGAAUUGGAUGCUGUGUUUUGAAUAGAUUUUUUUUUUGGAUCCCAACGUGCCUCGGGCUGCCCUAAGAGAAAGAGAGAGAGUUGUGGCACGCAGGAGGAUAUGAUGCUUGGACUGUAAGUUGGAUCCUUGCGAGUGCAGGUUAACGUUGUUGAAGAUAAAUCAGCCAUGGGAAAAAAAACAGUAGCAUGUAUGAGGAAAUAUCAAAUACUCCACCCCGUUUUCUGGAGUCUGGAGGCCCAGUAUUAUGUCUCUAUUAGCCGGCGAUGCAAUUCAGGUUAACACACUUUCCAGGUGAGUCCGCCCCGACUGCCAAAGUUUCUUCUCCUUUAAAGUUAAUCUUUGCCACAUUGCUCUACACAAGUUCUAUCUAUAAUCUUGUUCAAAAGUCCUUGUGUAAUUGAACUUUGUCAAUUGUAUCGUGUAUUCAUGUAUAACGCGCAUAUAUAAACAAGUACCAAUCAG